AGAGGUGUAGUUUCAGAAAACCUCAAGGCGUGGACAAAACAGAAUCUGGACGCCCGUAACUGCUGUGCCUUGCUUUUUUUUUUUGCUUUUUUUACAGUGGAUAACGACAGGAUAACGCAAUUGAAAUGUUUAAAGUUGCUUCUGUUUUCAAGAAAUGGACGUAAGAACUAUGUCGUUGCAUGUCCAGCGAUAGCAGUCUUAGCUUAAGUUCAUGCUAGCUUGUUAGCUGGUAGCUUAAGCUAACAGUAGUCUAAACACAGAAGCUGUUAUUUCUACAAAAUGAAGGGUCUCUAAGACAACGUAGCAAGACGAGAGUAAACGCUGGAAAACGGACAGAUCUUGCUUCCUGACUGCGUUGAGUAUCUCACACAGUAAUAAUGUUGACUGGAGCCUCCAGAAACAGAAGACACCUAUUGAAGAAGAUAUGAAGGAUGGUGUCAGCUGAGAUCAUGUGGAUAUGAUGAAACCAAUGUGAAUUCCCAAUCCAGGUAACAAAAUGGAAUCAGAAAACAAAACGGACUCAUAUGAAGACAACAGAAAUGUCAAUCAGAGUCGCGAGUCAAUCCUGAGUAUGAAGAAAUAUUCCCCAGAAUCAUCCUCCCCAAAACACAAAAAAAACUUGGGAGAGAAUGACCAGGACAAGGAAGAAAAACAUGACAGUGUGGAGAGUCGAUCGAAAACCAGAACCUGGCGUUCAGAUCCGGAUCGGGAUGAGAUGUCAGACAGAGAAGGACAAAGAAGUAGUCGGUCAUUUUACUCCGAGGACUAUGAGAAUGAGUCUCGUUCAGCUGGCUCACUCUCAUCGUACUCCCGGUCCCGGACUCCAUCCCCUGCGCACCAAAGAGGGGUGAGGGCAAAGAGGCUUACUGGCAGCCACCUCUACAAAACAGCAGGUGGUGUGGUUCGCCGGGGUCUCUCUCGCCCACUGCGCCUGGGCGGUCAGCCUCUUACCCAGCAGCAUCGCAGGGGGGUGCAUUCACAAAGCAAGGAGUCUACACCCCCUAAAGACCUGGACCUGGUGACCAAGAAGGUGCUUUCAGCCCGCCUUUUGAAGAUCAACGACUUGCGUAACUCACUAGCUGAGCUUCAACAGCGUACUGAUGAGCUGCAGAAGGAGAAUCGAAUCCUCAGACAGCUUCAGGUGCGCCAAGAGAAAGCCCUGCAGCGCUACGAUGACACAGAAAGCGAGAUCUCCCAGCUGCUGUCGCGCCACUCCAACGAGACCCACGUACUGCGAGACCGGCUCAGGCGGACCCAAGAGCGGGAGCGAGCGGUCGAGCGGCGGUUAAAGGACAGUGAGGAGCAGCUGCAAAGGAGUCACGCGAUCAUCGCCAAACUGAAGAAGCUGGUCAACCAGCGAGAGCUAGGAGCCAGAGACGAGCUGAGCCGCAAGCUAGAAGAAGAGAAGACUCGUGCCCAGGAGGCAGAACGAAAGAUAAAAGAGCUGGAGCGUAGCAUGGAGCUGAGCAACAGCAGUUUCCAGAGGCAGCUGGCUGCAGAGAGAAAGAAGACUAUCACUGCCCAGGAAGACAUCGGGACUUUGCAAGAGGAGCUUGAGCGAUUGACCAAUAAACUUAAGGAGAAAGAGAGAGAACUAGAUACGAAGAACAUCUAUGCAAACCGCAUGGUGAAACCCUCACUUAAGAAAGACAUGGAGAAUGGAUCAAAACGGAAAGCUCCCAGCAGGAACAGCAGCAAGGCAGUGCAGGCUAAAGACAGGUUGUCCAGUCUGGAUUUCCCCACACCUCCCCCUGCCUUCACUGAUGCAAACGAGUGCAGCGAACAAGCACCUGAUGACUACAUAUCACUCAGGCAGGAGCUUGGCAGUGUGGACAGACAGGCGGAAACAGAAGAUAGACACCAAAGUGGUGAGCAGCAGAAGAUGAGAGACAUAGAAAAAGAAAGAGACAAGGAGGAGUUGGUGAAGGAGAAAAAGGAGAAACAGCAACUCAACCAGGAGUUAAAUGGGCCUGAGGAGAAAUCAGAGAGACAAGCAAAACGGUGGGAAAAAGAAAAAGAGGAGGAAGACAGAGAAGGGCAUUUCCUGGUUAACGAGAAGGAAGACAGUAUCAGGAAGCACGGCCAUGUCCAGGAAAAGGUGGACAGAUGGAACCACGAGGCUCUGGCCAAUCAGCAAGUGGCAGAACAAGCGCGACGCAAAAAAGAACUGCUGCUGGCUAAGAUGCAUGAAAUAGACCGUUCCAUAAAAGGAGCCCAGGACACAAUGUUCUCCAACUCUGAGUCCAAUAGGGGUACCAGUGAACAUUCUUCUCCUCAUCCUCCUGAAAAGAGGAGCAGUAACUCAUCCGUUUUCCAACUUACAGAAGCUGAUGAACGUGCUGCAAGCAGGGAAGGAGGAAGGAGAUCAGGCAUAGAGGGUGGGGUUGCUACAACAGGAAUUGGGAGGAGAGCGCUACGACUCCAAAACUCCGGUGAUGACUUAGCAUUCGGAAGCUACGCACCUUCUUUUGGAAAUUCAGCUUCCAGAGGUUCCUCAGGUUUCCCUCCACCUCCUCCUGCAGAAGAAAGGGACUCUGCAUUAGAAGCAAUAGGUGUUUUCAGUCUCAGAGGGGUGGAGACUGAGAAAGGUGUCGGAAAAGAUAGAAAGUCUAGCCUGAUGCAGCAGCUGUUUGGUUCCCUGGCAACACCUGUAGGUGACAGUGUGAGCCCCCCUAAUAAGAUGGAGGUCUUCAGCAGUCCUCCUGCAACCAAUGGGGUACGUUCAAAAAGGGAAGGACUUUUCAGCUUCAGCUCAGAGUCACCCACCCCUCCAACAUCCUCUCUGAACACAAUACAUGUCGCAGAGAGCAGACCUGCAAUACGUGCCAUCUCCUCCUUUAAUGAAGACGACAUAGAGGAACUGACUUUAUAAAAAAAGGGAAUUACAUCUGAUGUCGUCAGUCUCAUAGCAGGCCAUCGUAUCAAUCAGUCAGUAACAAAGUGAGACAGCAUGAGGUGUUUUUAAACUCUGAAAGAUUGAGUCAUGAACAUAAAAUAUCAUCAUUAUAAACAGAAGGAAACAGGUGCAAUAAAAUGUUUCUACAAAAAAGUCUGAAAUACCAGCCCUAAAUAUUAUACAGCACUAAAUACAUGAUAGUUUAUAGUUUGAUGCUAGGUGAAGUAUUACCAGCGACUGUGGCUUUUAUUAGUGACAAAUUGCAGGACAUUCCUCAGGUGGUAUUAGUUAUUGUGGUAAAUGUGUGACUUGUUGUUUAUCAGACCAAAGGAAGGAUAGCAGAGCCUUAACACAACAACCAGCAACAAACCAAUCUCCAAGUGGCAAGGUCACAUUUAAAAAGGUUUCAUUACAUUCUCAAUCACAUUUCUCUGAGAUUCACAAUUAACCACUUUUCCAUAUUUAGUAGCAAGACUAGCAUGACAUUUCUGUUAUUUAGUGUCAGACUCUUUGAUUCAGUGAACCACUAAACAAUGCCACAAUGUGUUUAAACUGCUUGCUGAAUGUCUGACACUUGUAUAAAAAAAACAGUUGUGGAGAGUACAAUUUGACUUAAUUGAGUCCUGUUGUUCUAUGGUUCUUUAUAAAACCCCACAAGAUUUCAAAGGGACAUACUGUUCUUUUUUUGAAAAACCUUUACAGCAUCAGAAGUUUAACAUGACAAAUCAAUAACUUUAAUCCAGUUAAAUAUUGAAUUGUGAAAUUGGUCACUCCAUAUAGUGAGAACUUUGACUUUUGGUACUUUGAAUACAAUGCUUUUAGUUGUUUGUUCUUUUUUUCUUAAGUAAUAUUUAAAUUCAGGACCUGUAUUUAAGUGUUUUUAGAAUAUGGUUUUGUUGCUUUUACCAAACCAAGUCCAAGCUACUUUUGUUAUAAAAAAAAUAACUACUUUCUGUAUAUAUAGCCUAUAUAAAAAAAUAAAUACCUAAAUUGAGCUGGUACUGUUUUAAUGUUCCAUAUAAAAAUUGGAUUUACAUCAUAAACACAUGUGAAUGACCAGUAAAGAAAAAUAUACAUAGUAAAUAAAACUUGUAGAAAGUAAUUUUAAUUGUUUUGUUUAAUAAAAUGGUAUCCAAACAAAAAUGUUGAUGGCUAAGACAACCAGUACGAAAACAAACCACUAGGGGCUGCAAAAAGAGUAAACUAUUACCGUUAGUGGACAAGGUUUUCUAUUUCAUUCCUUGUUUAUGUUGAGUCGUAAUAGACCUCCAUCAAAUUAUAAAAUUUGCAUUAAAUUAAACUCCUAAUAAGCUUAUGAAAACGCAUUGGUCAGAAAAAAAAAACUUGUACUUUUUCAGAUUUAAAUGUUUGAAGAGAUCUUUGUAUUUAUUCUGGUAUAUUAUUUUAACUUUAUUGACAGACGAAAUGUGUGACACUUUUUAAGAGUUUACGACACUUGCAAACUUUAUGCUAAACUAGUCAGCAGGCUGCUUGUGUUUCAAAUGUCUCCACGUUUUGUACUUAUAGCCUCGAUGUUUUGUGUUGUUUUUGUUGGAUGAAAUAAAUUAUAGCAGGAGUGAAUUGUUA